CCUCAUCAUUGCUUUAAAAAUUAGCUACAAUGUCGCACAACGAAGCCGCUUCGAAACCCGGGGAACGAGUCCCUCCCAAGGACAAGGCGACUACUGGCAUUCUUCCGCCGCAUCAUUGGGCUGAACAGGAGGACGAUGACGACAACGACUCGGCACUUGGCGACGACAAAGCUAGCUCAACCGCCUCUCUCACCUCUUCCAUCAUCCAGUACAGGACCAUUCACGGCCGCACAUUCCAUAGCGGGAGAGGCAACGCACAGUACCGGGCAUCUAACGACGACCAACAAAAUGAGUCGCAGGACAUCAAUCACCAUGCAAUGACCCUCGCGCUCGGGGGCAAGCUCUACCUAGCCCCUCUGAAGAAGGAUAUCAAGACUGCGCUCGACGUAGGGACCGGCACAGGGAUCUGGGCUAUUGACUUUGCAGAUGAAUUCACCCAGGCUGAGGUCAUCGGCACCGACAUCUCACCGAUUCAGUCCCCCUGGGUCCCUCCAAACGUGAAAUUUGAAAUCGAAGACUGCACCCAGAGCUGGACCUUCCCACCCAACCACUUCGACUACGUCCACAUGCGCUGGCUCCUGGGCAGCAUCGACGACUGGAACGCCCUCUUCAGGAGCGCCUCCGCCUGCCUCCGCCCCGGCGCCUGGCUCGAGAGCUUCGAGAUGUCGGCCCUGAUGGAGAGCGACGACGGCUCCGUCACCGACCGGACGGCCAUGGGCCAGUGGGGCAAGUUCUUUGUCGAGGGCGGGCGCAAGUGCGGGCGGUCGUUCACCGUCAUCCAGGACGGGCUGCAGCGGAGGGCUAUGGAGGCUGCUGGGUUUGUGGAUAUACAGGAGCAUGAUAUGAAGAUGCCGAUUGGGAGCUGGCCCAAGGACGAGAAGAGGAAGGAGAUGGGUCAGUAUGCACAGCUUGUGCUGGAGCAGGAUUCGGAGGGCUAUGUGCUGUUUAUGGCAAAUACGCUGGGCUGGAGUAGGGAGGAGAUCUUGGUUUAUAUCGCAAACCUCAGGCGCGAAGUGCGCUCGAGCAAGUAUCAUGGGUAUUACAGACAGAAGGUCGUCUGGGGUAGGAAGCCCGAGUCGCCCUGAGCGUGGGUGCUCAUGAGUAUCCUCAAAGGAUCGUAAGAGUUCAGCAGUGUAGUAAUGGGACUGAUGGGAAGAUGAGAGGGUGAUAGGGAAGCUAUACAUACUAUAGUUGAACUAGAACCAACCCUCUUACCUUCUGCAAAUAGAUUCAUCCAAUUUUUGGCUAUGUUAUCAAUACACG